ACCAAUCGGAAAUGUAGAUCAAUUAUAUUUUAAUUAUAAAUUGGGUAUCAACGAUAACAAUUAAACUUAUUAUAAAAUACAAUAUACUAAGAAUGGUCAUACAUUUACUGCAUAUUUUCUAUACUCCAAAAUAACUUUUGCGUCAUCUUUAACCAUAGCGCGUAAUGUCAACCAACAACCGUUGAAAGGGCUAGUAGACACUGCGAGUUUUAAUAUGCUCAAGUGAAAUUAAAAAUUUGUGUUAUAAGAUACCGGAAAUAAGGAUAAAAGAAGAAAUAAAACAUUUUUUAACAUUUUAAUGAUAUGUCUGAAGAUUAUUUGCAUGUAGAUGAAGAUAUAAAGUUCCAUGAACAAUCCGGACAAUAUUUACCAUUAGAGUUAACAACUAGUAGAUCAUCGCUUAAUAGAAUAUCUGAAGAAUUUAAUUUUGCACUGCCCAGCACAAGUACUAAGCCAAAUAUGGUGGUCGAAGAAGCAAGAUAUACCUACCCAACUCAACUUACUAAUAGUUUUGAUAGAGAAAAUUGGACAGUCUCUACAGAUCAUUGCUACGCACGACCGUGGAACUGGAGACCAGAAGCUAACUUUUUGAGACCUACCAAGACAUUAUUCGUCCCAAAGCUAGUGCCGAUUAAAUCAUCAGUCAACUCAUCUGUGACUAUACAAGAAGGUGAAGAUUUAAUUGAUAUUGAGUCUGAAAUUGAGGUGCCAGCACCUACUUAUGAUGUAGCUAAAGCUAAAAGUUUAAUGGAAGAAUGUGAAAAGCAUGCUUUUGCUGCUAGAACUGAUACCGAAGAAGAUUGGGAAGAAAAAAUUUCAAGACUAAAUUGGACAACUAGUCAACACAAAAUCUUUGGUGCCAUGGUAAACAUAUUGAAUAGUUUUAAUCUAUCAAAAUUAGCAUAUUCUGGUUCACAAAAUGAGCCACUUCUAAGGAGAACUGUUAUUGACAAGGCUGUUCAAAGAAUUAGGCGUUUACUGGCAUCAGUUUUAUGGGAUCCAAAAUUAACCCAAUGGUUGCAUCAAAUUUUAAUAGAUAACUUAGGACCUCAUUAUUUAGCAUGUUAUCUAGAUAUUCUCCAAACAUUGAAAUCAAAAAUUCCUACUUUCAUUGACAAAAUGAUGCAUGGAUCAACGUCAUCAGUUAGAAUGGGAACUUUGAAUAAUUCAAAUUUAGCAUCUUUGAUGGAGAAACCAUGGGAUCCUCUGUCCCCAACUCUAAUGCAGGACAAGCCUAAAAAAUUACCUGGAAAUCCAGUAAUAAUUAUUGUACCUUCUGGUCCUAUAAUGUCGAAAAUAAUUCACAAAUGGAUAAAAUUACUGAGCAAUUUGGCAACAGUUGUCACGGUACCAACAAAUUUUGGUCAGUGCUUUUCCAGUUAUAAUCCUAAAUGUUCUACUGGACAUAGGAUGACAAUGCCCAGCAUUUUGGAUCAGUUAUUUUCUGUAACCAGAGGAAAAAUCCAAGACGUCAGAGAUGAUUUUCCCGGUAAAAAUAUUAUAUUGGUUGGAUUUAAUAGCGGAGCAGCUUUAGCGUUGCAAGUAGCCCAAGUUGAACCGGUCCUAUGUGUGAUAAGUGUAGGAUUUUCACUACUAACGGCAGAAGGUCUCAGAGGUGAACCUGAUGACAAUGUGUUAGAACUUCAAUGCCCUGUCCUGUUUGUCAUUGGACAGUGCUCCAAUACUUCAAAUCAAGAGGACUUGGAGGAUAUGCGUGAAAGAAUGAGAGUCGAAACUGGUCUUUUAGUAGUGGGCUCGGCUGAUGAUUAUUUGAGAGUCAGUAAGAAGAAAAGAAGGCAAGAGGGAAUAACGCAAAGCAUCGUUGAUAGAUGUGUUGUUGAUGAAAUCGGCGAAUUCGUCAGCGGUCUGAUACUGUCUCCUUAUCCCCCGCAAAUUAGACAAUCUCCUGCCCACAUCCCUCCCGAAACUCCAAUUAAAAAAGGUAAUAAUCCUCCUGAGCGCAAACGAUACAACUCUAACACAAGUUCUUUGGACAGUGAACCACCUUCACCAACUCCAGUUAGGAUUAAUAGACCAGGACGUCCACCCGGCUCGAAGAGCAAAAACCGUCUCGAAGCGAAAUGGGCCCAGCAGAUUGCGCAAGGUAACAUCCCUCCUAAUCAUACCGCGUCCAGUCCCAGUUCCCCUCCCGCUUAUCCAACUAUUCCCACUCCUGACACCUCGUCAAAUGACAGUUUCUCCCAAGCGGAGAAACUGUCCCAACCGGCUCAUUCCGUAACUCCCAAACAACCCGACAGAGCGCCCACGCCCGUUAAAAAAUUAAAAAUUCUAAAGCCGGUGAUCAGCGCCGACAGCAAAUCGAACAGUUCGUCAUUGAAGACUCAGCCGAUGGCCAAGACUCAACCGAUGGCCGCCGGUAAAACUACGACGCUAACGCCGAAGGGCCAACCAUUGCAAUCAGCAAGAAUGCACGCAUUUGGAAUAAAUAGAAACGUCAUUCAAGGGAAUACGAGUGUAACUAAUUUACUGCAAGGUGGGAUCAAAACUAUACCACCAACUUUGCCUAAAGCUUCAACGUCUGGAAUAAAAGUUCUAGAGAACGUUACAUUGAACAGUAGCGCUUCAGGCAAACUGAUACCAAACAGAACGAUCGAUUUAUCAAAAAUAACGUUAAUAAAUCCAUCGAAGACGCCCAGCACUUCAGUUAGUAACGUUUUGCUCUUGCCAGAUGGGAAAAUCAAGACUAUUGGGUCUACUAUUAAAGGAACUGGGAAUAAUCCACUACUUCUACCUUACAGUCCUCAAAAAGGAACACCAAAGACAACCAUGACAACGGGUCCUAAAUAUAUAACUGCCAAACGUCAACUGAUGAACCAGAAACCACCAAGACCAAUCAAAAAACCCGUUUAUAUGCCCGCCUCGAAUUUAGAACCAUCUUUACCUCCACCAACCAAUCUAACUACGCAAGACAUCAUGGAUUUGCCUAUUAUUUUUGCCGAUGACAAUCAGAUACUCAGCACCAAUAGCAGUCCGUCGCAUAGUUUGCAAACGCCAACAGUUUCUACUAGAGUUUCGACACCGACAAGUGUACAGAUACCAAAGACUGUACAAACCGUUACACCAGCUAAAUACAUGUUGGUCAACAAGCAGACCAUAGGACAAAGAAACUUCAUUUUGACGCCGAACAUUAAAAGAGGAAGCCCAGUGACAUUUAACAAACCAACUCCGAAAUAUACCAAAAUAAUUCUGUCCUCGAAGAAAAAUAAUUUAGAGGAAGUAAAAGCAAUGGCGACGACAUCAAAAAUUCAAUGUUUGUCUCCAGAGAUAACAGUUAAAAAGGUAAUAAAUGCCCAACAAAUGCUGAAACCUAGUGCUACUCCUCCGUCCACAUCAUCACUUGAACUAGUCGAUUUAGAGAACGAAAUUAAAGCAACGGCCGUACCGAAACCGAAUCUCUCUACCUCCGACAUUAAAAAUAUCAAAAUCAUUCCAAAAAAUGCCAAUGAAUCUUUACAACUAGUUCCUGGAAAGUUUCAAAAACGACCGUCGACUGAAAUAUUGGACGAGGGCGAUCCAGAUUACGUACCGCCUAAAAAUCUGAAGAUGGAGUGAUUACUUACCAAAAAAAACUUGUUUAAAAUUAGGUUAAAAAAAUAGUUCUUAAAGAUCUGUUGCAAUUACGAAGUUAUUUAUUGUUUAAUUAAUGCUGUAUUUUUAAAAUAAAUUUUUUAAACUG